UUUCACCGGCAUUCAUCUUCGCUUACAGAAGGAUAGUUUUUUUUUCCACGCAACUUGUUCAAAACGAAAAAUAAGAAAGAUGGCAAACGUUGAGCAGAUCUUUAAGAAGUACGACGUGAACCGUGACGGACACAUGAGCACUGCGGAACUGGAGGCCGCGCUCAAGGAACUCAAGGUCGUGCCGACCAAGGGACUGAUCGAGGUCCUUAUGAAACAAUAUGACGUGGACGGUAACGGCCAGCUGGACCUGCAGGAGUUCACGCGGCUGGUGGGAGACUUGAAGCACUUCGGCAGCGCAGAUCCACAAGAACUGCUGGAGACCUUCCGGAAAAUCGACAAGGACGGAAGCGGGUUCAUCACCCCGGAGGAGCUGAAGACCGGGCUGAAGCACUUCUUCGGAGACGAGCCGGUGACGGACGAGAUCGUCCAGUGGGUCAUCGACGGCGCCGACAAGAACGCCGACGGCCGGAUCGACAUUGCCGAGUUUGCCCAGUACAUACACAUCCUGGAAAAGUGAACUCGUGCCAAAAAAAACUCUAGCUAGAAUUAUACCAGAUUCUUUCAAGAUCCAAAACGGUUACCAAGAGAUAAUACAGUGCAUGGUUAGAUCUAGCGAUACAUUCUUACAGGUAGUAACUAUGAUAGUUAUACUAAACAAACGAAUUUAGAUCACAGUUAGAAUUAUAAAUAUAGCAAUAGGAUUUAUGUAGUAACGGUUUCCGAAUAACAAGGUGAAUGGUGUCAUCUAAGAACAUUGGCAAACGGCUCUAAAUAGAAUUUACACUAUGGUAGUAGUAAAAAUACAAUUCUGGACAAGAAGACGUAAUUUCACGCCAGCUUGGCAACGAAUUGUGUUACCAAAUUUAAGGGGAACUUUCUUAUUUCGUUUAUUCCUCUAUAUUUCAUGAACGUUAAGGUCACGACAAAUGUUGGGUGCUUCAAAAGUACCAAAGUUAAAUGCGAAAUAGAUAGAACAGGAUAGGAUAGAAUAGAUUAGAAUAAAACGACUAGUUUAAGACAUUGCUAAAUGCUGCCAUUUCUAUCAUAUUCUGAAACUACAGUUUACAUUGUCCUCAAAUCUGGGGGAGGGGGGUAUCAAUUCCAACCAUUUGUAUAUCAGAUUGCCUAAUUAUAAUCAGUCCGACUAAAAGUAGACCAGCAAAUCUCAUCCACUCACAGCAUGCAUGACACACAUUACUGUAAAUUCUGAAUAAAUUUCAAUUCUGAUUUCCAGGCGCUAGGCUGAGACGCUUUUCGUUUGAAUGACGGGCAAAAUGCAAAACAGGUGAAAACGGAUGACAUGUAGACUUGAUAAAACGGCUUCAAGAUCAUGUAAAAGUAGUCAAUUUACCUUUUAAUUUUCUUAAUUUAAAGCCGUUGUUUAUAUGUUUUUAUUCACAAAAUUGAAAACAAAUGCACAAACGUUUUAUUUAAUAACAUUAAGGGAAGUGUAAACUGAAGGUUUGGACAUAUGUUCAUCCAUUCUUAGUGUUUUAUAAACUACCAAAAUACCUGUUAGUGGUAUGAAUA